CGGAAGUGAGAGGAGAGACCGGUGGGGUAUUAGGGGUGAGGUGAGUCGAGAGGAGGGAGAGACAAGAGAGAGAGAGAGGUUUCGGGGUCCGUGCUAUAACAGGAAGCCAAGCGCACGGGCCGCCCAUGAUCGGUCAGAAGAAGCAGAUUAUUGAUGUCGUCUAUGCGCAGCCGCCCCGCGAGCCGCCCAUUACAUCCAUGUUGUCUACCGAAUGGGAUUCGGUGUCAGCAGCACUGGCAGAGCGUUUCACAUGUCUCAUUUGUUUAUUUGCGUAACGUUUGCUGGAUUUAUUCCGCUGGCAGUUCCGAACUUUAAAUGGCUCUAGUGUGUGUAGAACGAAGGGUUUUCUGUUAGCUACCGUUAUGUUUAUUUUUAUCAAUGUUAUGUAAGGACGUAGAGACGGUGCGCGGCGCCUCUUGUACCGAAUUGAGGGAGUAAUAAUGAAUAACGCGCAAGAUAUGUCUCCAGAUUUUGUCUUGAUGCGCUUGGUGUCUGCGGCCGAAUAUGACCGCUUGGACGAGGAUAAUUUGAUGUCUGCCGGUGGAGUGGUUUCCGGAUUCGGUAAAGCCGUCUUGGGUCAUCAUGGCAACAAUAUCAACAAUGGGUUUGAAUUUGAUCCGAACAACCCCACAGCAGGCCCAACACACCAGGGCAAUCCCUCCCCGCACUAUAGUUCGCAGCUCGAGAGCCAGUUGGAGGCGCUUGAUAGCGGUGUGAUGCUGACUCGACCACCGGCGCCAGAUGCUCCUCCGCCACCCGACUUCGCCGUGGCUCAGCGCUUUGAUUUCCCGCACGGCGUGGGCCGGGGAUCGCGGGCUCAGCUAAUGGUGUUCCAGAACCUCCUACGGUCGAGCGACGGUAUUCUGGAAUGCGGCCUGGACCCGCCCGGCUUCCAGGUGAGCGACGCCGAGAAACAGGAGGCUAGCCCGGCGCGUGUCACCACCACCGCCGCCACGACCACAGGCGAACACAUCACAAACUGCAGCGCCGACCUGCAACACCACAGGCUCCAGUGGCACCCGAUGCUGAAGCUAUCCCAGGCAGUGGCAGACGAGCUACCUUCAGUGACAGAGGGAGGGGGGCUGUGCCACCGCCACCAGCUCGUCCCAGACACCAUAGACUGGCCCCCGAUCCUGGACAAGACCCUGCACUUCAGCCUCCUGGACCCCCGCAGGGCGUGCCCCCCGGGGGGAGAGGGGGACCCGGUGCUGACCCUGGCCCGGAGGCUGGGCGAGCUGGGCCAGGCCUCAGACCUCCUGCUGAGGGAGGUGGGGGAGGGCCCCUGCUGCUCCUGCCACAGCCUGCUGGCCUCCUCCAUGGUGCACGGGGAGGACCCCAGCGAGGCCAGCGACGCACUGCUGGUGCUGGAGGGGCUGGGGGCCGAGGAUUUGGGGGCGGAGGGCUUCAAGGGGGGAGCGUCGUCGGGGGAGGAGGGGGUGGAGGGCGGGCAGGGGGCGGCGGCGGGGGGGGCCUUCUCCAGCAGCUCUCUAUCGGGGCUGAUGAGGCAGGUGCAGAGGCUGACGGGGGAGGCGUGUUGCGACCCCCAGGUGUGUCACCCCCCCCUGGACACGCCGGGCUCCUCCCCCGGGGCGCCCCGGCUCCGAUCAGACCCCCCCGCCGCCGCCACCCGGUCCACCUCCGCAUCCCCCAGCCUGGCCGACCUCCAGCCCGCCCCGGCCCCCCCGUCCGCCCCCUCCGCCCCGCUCUACACCCCCCAGUCCCAGUCCCAGCCCCAGAGCCGGGCCACCACGCCCAAGCUCGGGGUGCUGGCCGGGGCAGGGGGGCGCGCACCCUCCCCCCUGGUGGUGGAAGGGGCGGCGCGGUGCUCCGGAGGGGGCGAGGGGGAGAAGACCCCCAGGGGGAAGUCGAGGAAGGGGGGGUCUCUGAAGUUCCGUCUCAGCAAGCUGUUCAGGACCAAGAGCAGCAGCGGCUCCAGCCACCUGCUGGACAAGAGGCCGUCCCUGGCCUCCUCCACCUCGUCUGGGGGCAGCCUGGUGGACGUCUGGGGGUCCUCCUGCAGCUCCACAGACCAGGACGCUGGGAGUAGACAGUUGCUCUCCAGGCCUCAGAGUGCCUUCUCUCCAGUUCCCUUCAGUCCAGCCUUCACUGGUGAGACUGUGUCCCUGGUAGACGUGGAUAUUUCUCGGAGGGGGGUGAGCUCUCUUCAUCCCCCGACUCCCCCGCCUCCGCCGCGGCGAAGCCUCAGCCUUCUGGACGACUUUGGAGGUCCGGUGCAACCUGGCCCUUUCCUGGAGCGCAGCGUGGGGGCGUCCAUGCAGUCCCUCCCCCCUCGGCCUCUGCUGCCCUCCCUGAGCACCAUCCAGCACAGCCUCAGCCUCAACGAUACGUUCCUGAGGGGGCUCCCCAGGCCGGUGCCCCUGCCGGGGGCUGGGCCCCCCUCCUCCAGGCUCCCCCAGCGGCCCACGUUGUGCCCCCUCAGCCGGCCAGACGCCAGCAGCUUCACCACCAGCCUGAGAGAGCUGGAGAAGUGUGGCUGGUACUGGGGCCCUAUGAACUGGGAGGAUGCUGAGAUGAAGCUGAAGGCCAGGCCGGACGGGUCCUUCCUGGUCAGAGACAGUUCAGACCCACGCUACAUCCUCAGCCUCAGCUUCAGGUCUCAGGGGGUCACACACCACACCCGCAUGGAGCACUACCGAGGUACCUUCAGUUUGUGGUGUCACCCUAAGUUUGAGGACCGUUGUCACUCUGUGGUGGAGUUUAUCGAGCGUGCCAUCAUGCACUCCAAGAACGGGAAGUUUCUUUACUUCCUGCGGUCACGAGUACCUGGCCUGCCCCCCACCCCGGUGCAGCUCCUCUACCCUGUGUCUCGGUUCAGCAGCGUCAAGUCUCUGCAGCACCUCUGUCGCUUCUGCAUCCGCCAGCAGAUCAGGAUCGACCACAUCCAGGAGCUUCCUCUGCCCACGCCUCUCAUCAUCUACCUGAGGAAGUUCUACUACUACGACCCCGAGGAGGAGAUGUACCUGUCAAUCAAGGACACAGGGCGGGGCCACACCACUCAGGAGGGGGUGGAGUCUCAGACGUAGCGCUCCAAUAUCAUUGGUUGAAUUUUAUUAAAUAGGUGGAAAGUUGACCGGUGGACUGAAGGUGACUGUGAUUGGAUACAGUCUUGCAUCACGUGAUAGACUGCAACCAAUCAGAGCUCUCCAUUGGCGCUGUAUCCAGGCAGCUUUGGCGGUGGUUUCAGAUGAUCCACCUAUCCUGGCUCUCUGAUCGUCGCACAGAGAGAGGAGGAGGGGAGGGGAUGAGGAGCCCUGCCUGGCUGAUGAUGUCAUCACUAAGCGCCGCCGGGACAACAACUAGAGGUUACUAGCCCUCGUCCUCAGCCCGGACUAGACUUUUAAUGCAACGCUGUCAAAACAGAACUUCACACUGGGAACUUUUACUGAUUUAGGACGCUGCGAGGAGCCCUGUUGACUGGGUAACCCUGAACUCCUGACUGUCGGAGGUGAACUUUUGAUUCCGAUUCAUGUUCGGGAUGCCAUAAUGCACUGGUUUUGUGUUUGUGCUCUGAAACGGCGUGACAGGAGAGAGCAGCUGCCUGAGGUUUGGAGAGUAGACUGCUGUCUCACAGUUCUGGCCCAGCCAUGGCCGGCAGACUAGGACUGGGAGACCAGGGCUGGGAGACCAGGGCUGGGAGACCAGGGCUGGGAGACCAGGGCUGGGAGACCAGUGCUGGGAGAUCAGGGCUGGGAGACCAGGACUGGGAGACAUGGGACUUUUACUUUCCUUCUUUAACUGUUUGGUUGCUCUCAGUUUGACCUGCAUCUUAGGACUGGCUGUAGGGUCUACGCUAACAAGCGUGUGUGUGUGUGCAUGUGCGUGUGCGUGUGUGUGUGCAUGUGCGUGUGUGUCGGCUGCCUGGGUGUAUGUGUAAAUACUGUAUGUUGGAGUUACUGGUCGCUGGCCAGUUUUUUCAGGUGGUGUAGCAUCCCUGCUGACUCUGGAGCAGAACUGGAAUUCUCUUGCUAGACUGUCGUUGGACCCUCGUGUUACCAGAGUAAAUUAUAAUAAAACUGUGGAUGGAA